AAGGCGCACAUGGCCUUCGUUGAGCGACUGGUAACUGAUGGUCAAGGUGACCCCUACCGAGAAAUGAUUGGCCUCGUCACUCUGGAGGACGUAAUUGAGGAGAUUAUCCAGGCGGAAAUAGUCGACGAAACCGAUGUUUUCAGUAUGUUUACUUCCCUUCUUCAAUUCCCCUAA